ACUAACGCCGACUUGUGGUUAUUAAAAGUGAAAAUAUUAUCAUAUAUUCCUUAUAAUAAUUUUCAGAUGCAGGAAUGUCUAAUUACACAGAUUUAAUAAGUAAAAUUGGCAAAGAUAGUUCAAGAGCUGCAUGUAAAAAGUGCGGUUACGCCGGACAUCUUACUUUCCAAUGUAGAAAUUUUAUAAAAGUAGACCCAAAUAAAGAAAUAGUAUUAGAUGUAAGCAGUACUAGCAGUGAUAGUGAGCAAGACUAUGCAACUCCACUGCAAAGUUUGCGAGAAGCUGAGCUCAAACAAAAGUUGGAAGAAAAAUUAAAAAAAGCAAAGGCAAAGAAGAAGACUAAAAAAAGAAAAAGAGAGAGAUCGACUAGUACAUCAUCUAGUUCUUCAGACAGUAGUAGUUCCCACAAAAAGAAGAAGAAAAAAAAGAAAUCUAAGAAGUCUCAUAAAGAAAAAAAGAAAAAUAAGAGCUAAAAAAUUUUGUAAUGUUGAAAAUAUAACACUUGAAAUGAAAUAAAAUGUGUUCAAUGAGAAUAUUAAAUUGUCUAUAACUUUGCUGACUGAUGAAUAAAUCUUUUAUAUAAUAUA